AUGCUCUUCACUGGACCUUCCAUGGUGGAAGAAAUCGGUAGAAUAGCCGUGCGUAAAAUUGUCGACGGUGUCGUCAAGGAGGUGGCCGACAUGCGUACCACGCCAAACCAGUGGCAGAAGGUGCUGGACUUAGUGAGGGCGACCGAUUUUUUGGUGGUGGACACCUUCGAUUGGAAGUGUCUGGGGCGUUUGAUCAUAUUUCGCGUCGCCAUGCUCUUCUCGCUCGCAAUUGGAUUCUUCUUUGUUGGACUCGUCUACUCAAACGACAUUUCGAGAACGAGCGUAAUGUUUUGUUGGUGUGCUGUCAGCAAUUUGCGGUUGCGUUAUUAUAUUACGUGUGGGACACAUCAACGAGAAGUGUAG